CCUAUUUAGUUAGACAGCAGAGUUACCAAGAAGAGCUGGAAACACCUGAUGGUAUCUUUGGGACAAUCCGCUCCAUAUUUCUACCCUCUUACUGUCGCAAGUUAAAUCUACCUCCACGCUUCUUUUGUCUUCUUUUCUCUUCUGAAAAACUUUAGAGCCAACUGAUCUCUCACUUUCUCUCUCUCUUUCUCUAUCUCUCUAGUCAUCCAAAGUAUUAUCGAUAAGGAGACAUUGCACUACUACUAUUAUUUUUUUAUAGUUUCUAUUUAUUGUAUUUUUUGCACUAACGAUGCACACCACGCAAAAGGACACGACCUAUACGAAGAUUUUUGUUGGGGGUCUUCCCUACCACACCACGGAUUCCAGUCUCAGGAAAUAUUUUGAAGUUUUUGGUGAGAUUGAAGAAGCGGUGGUCAUUACCGACAGGCAGACCGGCAAGUCUAGAGGUUAUGGAUUUGUGACGAUGGCAGACCGUGCAGCCGCAGAUCGGGCCUGCAAGGACCCCAACCCGAUCAUCGAUGGCAGGAAGGCCAACGUCAACCUGGCAUACCUGGGUGCCAAGCCUCGGGUGAUGCAGCCAGGUUUUACCUUCGGUGUUCCCCAGAUUCACCCAGCAUUCAUCCAAAGGCCUUAUGGCAUCCCGGCCCACUAUGUGUAUCCUCAGGCCUUCGUUCAGCCUAGUGUGGUCAUCCCUCAUGUGCAGCCUGCAGCCGCUGCGCCUCCCACCGCCUCAUCCCCCUACAUCGACUACACCGGAGCCGCCUAUGCACAGUAUUCUGCUGCAGCAGCCAACGCUGCCGCCGCUGCCGCUGCCGCUUACGAGCAAUACCCUUACACCGCCUCCCCAGCAGCCACAGGCUACGUGGCCACUGCCGGAUACGGCUAUGCUGUCCAGCAACCUUUAGCCACCGCUGCCCCGGGCUCGGCCGCCGCUGCAGCCGCAGCCUUCGGCCAGUACCAGCCUCAGCAAUUGCAAGCUGACCGCAUGCAAUAGCAGGCCCUGCAAGCGCUGGACAUGCAGAGCAAGGAGGAGGUCCACCCCAGCUACAGCUGAUCUGUUAAAAAAAAGAAAAGAAAAAGGAGGGAGUGGCCUUAAGGGUGUGGCGUGUCAACAGCUCAGAAGCAGAGUUGCUUUAAAAAGGUGAUGAUGAUGAUGAUGAUGGUGAUGAUGGUAGUGGUGAUGAUGAUGGUGAGGUGGGAACUUUUUACAGUAACUUUUCAACUUGCUGUGCUUCAACCAAAAAAAAAUGAAAAAACAGAAAAUGAAAAAAAGCCGCAGGACAAAUAAUGAAAAUGGUUUUCUAUUAUUAUUAUUAUUGUUGUUGUUGUUAUUAUUACCAUGAUUAUUAUUAUCAUUACUAUUAUCAUUGUAGUACAGUACUUAUUUUUAGAGUAAAAAAGAUCCAGGAACUAAUCCCUGUGGUUGGUAUAGGUCCUAUUGCUGUCUUUAACGUUAGUUUUUAGGAAAAUACUCCUUUUUUUCCUCUUGUUCGGUUAUUUAAUGCCCUCAUAACAUUUAUAUUUAUUAUUUGUUAUUAUUAAACACUGAGGGCUCUGCUUGUUCUUUUUGUCUUUUCAAGUGCAUUUUUUGGAAGUUGAUAUUUUCUGAUAAUCAGGGAAAUGGAACUGUUUCCACUGUGUUAGCUAUUAUUUUGUGUGACUCGCCGUGUCACAAACAUUUGAAGAACUACCUUAUUAUCUUCCUGAUGCUGAAUGUCCCUUUUUUUUAAACUCUGUGUCUCUCAACCUCUUGACCUAUGCAAAGCAAACAAAUCACCAUGAGACAAAGAAACAAAGAAAAGAAACUGAAAAUGUCAUCAACUCUGACUUGACUCUUGGACUGAAAAAAAAAGAGGGGACUUGGCAAACAAAACAAAGGCACUGACAAAAGGAGAGAGACUGAAAAAAUGGCUUCGGACAAUGAGAAACACUAAAUCUGUUGCUUUUCCACGUUUCGCUCACAUGUAAACUGACACAUACAUCCAGAGCUGCACACAUAGCAGUCAAAGACAAAGGCCAGCGCAGUCGUGCUUCUCUCUGGCUCGGCUUUGGAGAGAAGCAGAAAGAGGGAGAGCAGCAGCAGCUGCUGGUGGUGGUGGUGGGGGUUGGACAGAGCCAGCUCCAGCGCCACACAGACGGAUCACUCUGGAAAGAACGCAUCACUUGUGCUCGUUUGUUGAGCUGUCACAUUUUAAUCCCCGGCCGAGCCCUUUGGGAACCAACUUUACCCCCCACCCCCACCCCACCCGACUCGUCCUCCACCCCGGUCAUUCAGCACUGCCCCCGUCAGCAUUUCCACCUCUGUGCUGCUGUAGUCAGGUACGCACUCACAAACACUUUCACCAAAGCCACCCCAACAACUGGCCUGCCUCAUGUCUGUCAAGAACACCAGGUGGGGUGGGGAGGAUGUGGGUUUCCUCUGUGAUGUCGUGUUGGUCUCUGUGCCUUAAAUGUGCCUUACAUUUUUACUGCUAUUUAAGAGAGAAAAAAACUCAAAAAAAGAGAGAAAUCUACUAUUUAAGAUAUUUAUUUUUGAGGGUUGACUAUGUUGACGCUCUGAGAGUAGAGACUUAGUGGCGGUACUGUAUUAAUAAUAUGAUGUACUCAUCUCAAGGCAUAUAUAAGUUAUUGAUUAGUUUUAUUAUAAUUAUUAUUAUCAUUAUUAUCAUUAUUAUUAUUAAUAACAUAAUCAACCAAAAUGUUGAUGUAGGAGUUAUUUAAAAAUGUGCACUGUACUUCUAUUUUUUAUCUUUUUUGAUUCUUCAGAACAUGACAUUAAAUAUUAGCUUCAUGCCUUUUUGUAUGGAAGAACUUUAUUUAAAUGCAGGCCUCCUUGCAUGCAGACAGUACUCUGCCUCUUCUAUGUUUAGACGAGAGGAAAAACUAAUCUUUUUUUUUGGUAAAAACAAGCAAAAAAAAGCUGCUUUUCUCUACUAGAAUGUAUAGCUGUUGUCGAGGUUUCAGUAGCUGUGCUCUUUUUUUGCUUCAUAUUCAUCAGAUGGGCAAUUUUACACUGUUGGGAAUUUUUAUACUUGAACUCUUUCUUACAAGGGAAAUAAGAUAAACAACAAAAAAAAGUUUAAUGAAGCUUUUCAUUGUCACUGGAUGAGGGCAUGUAAAGUGUUACUAUUAAAUGCAAAGGUCCUGUUGAUAUUAAAACCUUUACUUCAGAAUUUCAACUUAAUUUUCUCAAAUUGGAAUAAAAUGUUCUAUAUUUAA